AUGCUCGUCCUCUCUGAAACCCCGAUCGGUUUCGUCGUCUUCAAGCUCGGCAACGACUACAAGCUUGACUCGAAGGAUCUCUGGAAGGAGUUCGAGACCCCCGAGAAGGCCAACAAGGCUCUCAAGGUCGAGGCCAUCCAGCGCUUCACCUCCACUGCGACCGCUGUUGAGGACCUGGCCGCUAUCCAGGACGGCCGCCUGACGGAGGGCCUCGAGAAGUUCCUCGUUGACGCUACGGGCGGUGAGGGCAAGAAGAAGAAGAAGGAUGUCACCCUUGUUGUCUCGGAGCCCAAGCUCGCGGCGACGAUCACCAAGUCGCUCAAGAUCCCCGUGGUCUCGGACUCGUCGACCCAGGACCUGUACCGCGGUAUCCGCCAGCAGCUCGCUUCGCUCCUCGGUGGUGUUGAGCAGAAGGACCUGAACACGAUGUCGCUCGGUCUCGGCCACUCGCUCUCGCGCUUCAAGCUCAAGUUCUCCACCGACAAGGUGGACACCAUGGUGAUCCAGGCCAUUGCGCUCCUCGACGACCUCGACAAGGAGAUCAACAUCUACUCGAUGCGUGUCAAGGAGUGGUACGGCUGGCACUUCCCCGAGAUGGGCAAGAUCAUUGUCGACAACCUCGCAUACGCGCGCGUCGUCAAGGCCAUGGGCUUCCGCACGAACGCUGCCUCGACCGACUUCUCGAUGGUCCUCCCCGAGGACCUGGAGGCUACGCUGAAGCAGGCCGCCGAGCUGUCGAUGGGUACCGAGAUCUCGGACACGGACAUGAACCACAUCAACGACCUGUGCGACCAGGUCAUCAGCAUCACCGAGUACCGCACCCAGCUGUCGGAGUACCUGCGCAACCGUAUGCAGGCCAUCGCGCCGAACCUGACGGCGCUCGUCGGGGACCUGGUCGGUGCGCGCCUGAUCUCGCACGCCGGCUCGCUCAUGAACCUGGCCAAGUUCCCUGCGUCCACGGUCCAGAUCCUGGGUGCGGAGAAGGCGCUCUUCCGCGCGCUCAAGACCAAGCACGACACGCCCAAGUACGGCCUGAUCUACCACGCGUCGCUGGUCGGCCAGGCGCCGCAGAAGCUCAAGGGCAAGAUGGCGCGCAUGACGAGCACCAAGGCGUCGCUGUCGAUCCGCCUCGACGCGCUCUCGGACGCCGAGACGAAGAGCGAGUUCGGCGCCGGCGAGCUCGGCAUCGCCGAGCGCAUCAAGCUCGAGUCCCGCCUCCGCGCCCUCGAGCACCGCGCCGGCAUCGUGUCCAACCGCACCGCCACCUCGGGGGCGGCCCGCCAGCAGCCCAAGUUUGAGCUCACGGGCUCGUCCUCGGGCUACAACGCCAACGAGGACAACCUCCUCCCGACACAGCCGGCCGAGAAGGAGGACAAGAAGGAUAAGAAGAAGAAGCGCGAGUCCCUCGCCGCCGCUGCUGACGGCGACGUGAGCAUGGCCGACGGCGACGUCUCCAUCGCCCCCGAGGGAGAGACGAAGGAGGAGAGGCGGGCACGCAAGGAGGCCAAGAAGGCCGCCAAGGCCGCCAAGAAGCUCGCUGAGGCUGCUGGCGCCGCCGUCGCCGCCGCUGGCGAGGUGCAGGAGGACGUCGACGAGAAGAAGCGCAAGAAGGAGGAGAAGAAGAAGAGGAGAGCGUCCGAGGCCAACGGCGCAGAGGACGGAGAAAAGAAGAAGAAGAAGAAGCGCCACUCCGAGGUCUAA